AUGGCGACCAACACACCGCGCAUUUCUCAUCGCAUGGCGCGCUGGAUUUCGUUCUUCUCCGAAUUCACCUUCGCGGUCCAGUACAAGCCCGGGAAGGACAACAUCCUCGCCGACGCCCUGUCUCGGCGUCCCAAUCUCGAACUGACAAUGAUCGGUCUUUUGACGUCUGGUCUUCACGAUCGGAUCCGCGCGGCAUACCCCCUUGACGCUGACUGCUUGUCGCGCCUGGCGGCGCUUACCGACCCCGUUUCCCCCAAAUCGCGCUGCGCAUCGUCGGCCAUGCAUCGUUUUGCCCUAACCGAUGGGCCGAGUCCGACGACCAAACGGAACGCGCCAACAGUGUCCUGGAAGAUAAUCUUCGGAGCUAUUCCGUCUCUACCGACUUCUCGUGGGCUGUCACGGUACAGCACACGGUUUUCGCUUACAACGCUUCGAUUCAGGCGUCCACUGGCUUUUCGCCCCACUACGCCGUCCAUCUCUAACACCCCCGCCUUCCACCGAUGCUUGACGGUUCGAUUUCAAGUGGGGGGGUCACUGCGCGGCUUUCUUCUGCGGGCGUAA